AUGGCCAACGUUAAGGGAUACCGUGUCGGAGACAUCUCGGCCCAGGCGGCUUUUACGUCGGAAAUCGAAAUCGAUGGGCUUCCAUCUCUACAGGAUGUGGUCAACUAUCAGGAGAUUCAUCGCAAGACCAUGGACACUCGACCCGGAAUGUACCUAAAGUAUCUUCCUCAUCGAUACGACGCGGUGAAUGGCGAAUUGCGCAGCGGCGGGGCGUACCUUUUUGACACGCAUGAGAAUGCGGCCGACUACUGGGAUUGGACUGCCAACGUCUUUGAAGUGAACGAACCCAAAGUCAAGUUUUGGAGUCAGCCUUUGUUCAAGACAUCAAAGCGCUUCAUUUGGAAAGUCAUCGGAGCCACCAACUUCGCACCAGUUGAGUCUCACGCCGUCGGUAGAUUCCAGCGCUGGACAUACGACGGGCCCAAUCUUGAGGAUGAGUUGCGACGGGUCUACCCUGAGCUCAAGAAGAGGGCUGAGGAGCAGGGCGCGGCCGCGUUCUGGCUCCUGCAUCAUCCUGCCGAGAAGCAAAUCGGCAUACAGCUCGCUUUCGCCAAGGUUGAAGGAGUCGACCCUGCAGCGGUUGGGCACAAUUCGCUUGCUCGCGCUGCGUCCCAGGUCUCUUUGGACUCCAUCUUUCCGAGCACCAUCAAAGCCCAGAGGAGUGCGGAUUGGACCAGUUUGUUCCUGGCAAUCUGGCUCCCCAGGUCGCGCCUUGCGGGGGGAGCCCAUCAGUGGUCCCCAAUGUACCCUACGCUUCCUAAAGUAGAGGCUUAA